AUGCUAGAUAGGUCAGAGUCAUGUGAAAGGCAGAGGCUUUGGUUUGGUUUGUUAUAAUGUAAGUGAAUGAGGUCUAUCCUAAUGGAGAGUUAUGCAGAUGGGUGUAUUUUUGUAGGGGCUCCAUUAUAUAUGUCUCCUUUCAAGUCUAGCUGGGCAUAUCCUAGAGGUUGUGUGUGUAGGUACGUACGUAGGCCUGUCUCUAACCCCUGUCUCUGGGUGUUUCUACCUCUAGGUCUCUGUCAGGACGAAUAGUGGGUGGCGUGUGGUGGUUCUUCACCCUCAUCAUCAUCUCAUCCUAUACGGCCAAUCUGGCUGCUUUCCUCACGGUGGAGAGGAUGGUCUCCCCCAUAGAGAGUGCUGAGGACCUGGCUAAACAGACUGAGAUCGCCUACGGAACUCUGGAUGCUGGUUCCACUAAAGAGUUCUUCAGAGUGAGACCUGUGGUUUAGUCAUAGACACACACCUGUUUAACUAGCAUCUACAUGCAGUUUACACACACACACACACACACAAUUCUAACCCCUCCUCUCUCCCCAGCGGUCUAAGAUUGCAGUGUUUGAGAAGAUGUGGUCGUACAUGAAGUCGGCCGACCCCUCAGUGUUUGUGAAGACCACAGACGAGGGAGUGAUGAGGGUCAGGAAGUCUAAAGGGAAGUACGCCUACCUGUUAGAGUCCACCAUGAACGAGUACAUCGAGCAGAGGAAACCCUGUGACACCAUGAAGGUCGGAGGGAACCUGGACUCUAAAGGAUACGGCAUCGCCACGCCCAAGGGCUCUCCCCUCAGGUAA